CACGCGACACCACCAAGCCAUUCGUCUUAUCAAUUAGCUUAUUUUUAUCCUUCCUAGUAAAUAUUACUUGGCUUCACGAUAGUCUCGACGAUUACUUAGCGAUUACACGCCAGGACCACGGCAAAUUGAUGGUUUAUCUAGGCACAUGUUGGUAUACCCCGCGAAAUCACGGCCGACGAUGGAGAACGAUGCACAUAACGAAGGCUCCCGACGACGGGAUCGUAUAAUGGGGAAGCUAUUUGGCAGCAGCAGUACGGGUAAGGACAAGAAAUUGUCCAACGAAGAGAGUGCAAACGAAAUAUCCGACUUUCUUGGUCACUCAGACCGGCUGACCGUUUCUCACCCUGUUCCUCAGCCACCGUCAACCUUUCCCAGGGGCCCACCAUCUCUGGCUCUUGAUACGUCUAAAGUUAGCCGAUUCCCACAAACUCUAGGGGUUGAGAAUGAAUCUAAGCAGCGGGCACGAUCACGCAGCCCUUCCCGACCCAAGAAAAAUAAAGGACUCGUCGUGCGGUUCGCCGAUAAUUAUCCCGAGAUCAUUGGCGAAGGAGGUGACGAGUGCGAGACCAUCGUUGCCGAGAUCGGCAGGAGGAAGAGAUCUAAAUCUGCACCAAUUUCGGCGCCGAUACCGCCUACAAAAGAAGGUCACGAAUAUGCUAGGCAAGCCGGGGCGUUUCAAGAAGUACAGAAGAAGGAAGAUGAAUUUAUACCCGGCCCUAUACGUCGGACCCAGACGGGCUUUUCUACCAUCUCAGAUUUCCGGUUGGAGGAGCCGGGGCCUGCCCCUAUUUCCAGUCCGCCGCCGCCUAAGCCUCGUGCCGUCCCGGCGGGCGAAGGAAAGUCCCGCUUCUUAGGUGCUAGCAGCCAGAAGGAUGAAAACCGCCGCUCGUUUAUCGAGAUCCACCAGCAGGAGCAACGGCAGGCUGAAGGAAUGGCGUUUGCAGAAGCAAUGCGAUCUGCUAGCGCCAACUCUCACCACCAAUGGGACGAUCUGACUUCCUCCCCCGAGCCGGUCCGAAAUUCGCCGCCGCGCCUCAAGCAAAUUCAGGUACCGACCAUGCAGGAGCCGACGCCACCUCCGGAAAGAUCCAUGUCUCACCGGGACCAGUCUUCGGUAUCGCCUUCGCUGCAGGAUUCCAUCUCUUCGGUAUUAAGAACUCAAUCCACGAGAUCUCCCUUGCGGCCUUCACCCAUACCGCAAGCAGCAGCGAAAAACCCUUCCACCGUAUCACCAGCACCCCCUUACCAUGACCUACCUCUACCACAAAUCCCGUCUUCCUCUAAUAGGUCGCCUUUACCCCCUUUACCUACUCAUGAUGCACUACCGGACUUCGACAUGAACAUAGUACCCACUAUGUCACAACGACCAGUGUCACCCGACGAAGUACGCGUCAAAACAACCCACACCGCUGACAGUCCUACGUCUCUGUAUUCAAAUUCCGUUCAUUCGACUCCCGAUGUCUCUCACAAGGCAACACCGAUUACGCGGAAUCCUUCGCGCGGAUUCCCACCUUCUCCCGAAAAAACUGCCCGCAGGCUUCAGGAAGCGGUAGUUUCGCCACCUGACGUCGACGCGCUAGAACUAUUUAUUGUUCGUACGAAGCACUUGUACGAGUUGUUCCGUCUGCACGCGGAGCAAUAUAGGCCCCUAGGCACCUCCCGGCCCGAUGAUAUGUGCCGAGCAGCCCUGUGGUGGUUCCUGAAGGGGAGAACAGCUCUGGAGACGAUUAUUAGAAGUCGUCCAGCAGACCCCGACGAGCCUCGCCUUCUCAUGGCCAGGUACCAAGCCUAUACGGACUUGGCAAAGGGGUACUGGCUAUUAGAGCAAGCCCUUCCCGAGAUUGCGGAAGGCAAGUAUAGCCCCGUAGAUGGCGAGUUGGGCGAGGUUAGGCAGGUUUUGAUAUCUAACUUGAGGAAACUAUCUGGGUCUAUGAAGCGAAAUGGUUUCCUACCGCCCGAGGAGCCUUUCCUCCCGCAAACGAUGGACAAAUCUAUCUGGGUAGAAUAUCCGGCUGUGAGCCAAGAUAUAGUUGCCCUUCUCAAUGGAGUUUGGGGGUCGGCUGUUGCCGUCGUAAAUCAGCCAACUCGUUCUAUGGAGGCGCUAGAAGCCCUCCCGAUUGGCGAUACUACUAAAUACUUUGUUUUUGGCCGCGUGAUGACCAACGUAUACUUCAUGGAACAGGGUACGGACUCGAGACAGGCUUGUUUCCCUUGUAUGUUGUCUGUCGUUCGGUCGCAGAACGACCCAAACCUCAACUUCGUCAUCGCUAGUCAAAACUGCUCCGUUUCGUUGCGCAUACAGACAGACAAGAACGCAGGCCUAACGUGGCAAGAUGUUAAAUGGAGACCAGAUUCUCACCAGCUAGACGUCAAGUUGCCCCGAGGCUUUAUGCUCGCCAUCGAAUGCUCGCAGCAAGACUACCGGAUGCUAUGGAGCAUGUACGACUUCAGCUCCAAAGUCCAAUCUUAUUUAUACCAACGAAAAGACGAAGUCGUGAAGCAUACUACUGUCCUUCGCGGCUUUCACUAUUUCGAUGCUAACCCUCAAGGAAGGACAUUCCCUAAGGAGCCUAUAGGACAAUGCUCUAUAGGGUUGUUCGAGAAGCUCCUCAAGGAGAAUAGUCCGACCGGACCCAGGACCUUCCACCGGGGUUUCCGACUCGCCGUUGUCACCGGGCCGAGAAUAAGGACGCUGAGCGGAGUAACUCAUUUGUUCUCGCCACAACUUCCUGUCAAAUUCGCCUUGUUACGGGGUGAGCAGCGCGCGCCGGUCCUCCAACUGGAUUUCAACGACGGGAAGGACAAAGGGCGGAUGGUUUUGACGUUCGACGAUGAUCGAGAGCGCGAGAUGGUAUUGAAAAUGAUUACAGGGACGUAUGUCAACGAGGAUGAGGAGGUUAUUACGGAAGUCCCAUUAGAGGGCAUGAACAUAUCGGACGGCGUCGGUGAUACGAAAGGAGGCCUUCCGGCUAUCCAGCGCCUGCCUUGGCAGCGUGCUCGUAUCAUCAACGACAAAUAUUCAGAAGUCCCGCCUACGGUAUUGGCGGAGAAGCUCCGGGUUGAAAUCGAAUCGUUAGAUAAAGGCGGAGUUGGCGUGGUCAGCACCAUUACGGACCGAGUCAAUGUUGCGCCUGGCGAGCUGAAGCUCAGGCUCGGCACUAAAGAUAUUCUGACACUACAGGUUCUACGGCACGCGCAGGUCGAUCUAACGGUUUCCAUACUAGAGAGCCUUGUACCUCGAGAAUCGCAUCGCGAAUUUCAGGGCUUGCAGAAUACCAUCCAGCGUGGGCCAACAGUACGUACCUACAGGUUUCCGAGCUUCCGGGACUUGCAUGCAUUCCAAGCGGGGCUCACGGGAUACUCGGUACUCUUCGACGGUAUCGCUGCGAGCCUGAACAUCUCGCGGCGAAGGAUGGUGGUACCCAUUCACAAGAAAUGGGAGGCUGGCACUACGCGAGUUCAGGUGGUGCAGCAAGAAAAGACGGUUCAACUACUAGCAUUUUUCGAAGAUUGGUCCCACGGACAAUGCAUGGGGUUCAUACUCAAGGGAACCGACGUGUUCGAGUCGUUCAACCGAAAUGGGAAAGCGGGCUUAAAACUAGCUGACGCCAAGUUCCCGCUGCCGAAGACUCCGCAUGAAGGCGGUGACAAGACGGAUGAGAUGGCAUUCCUGUGUCUGGACAUGCCCGAUUUUGCUGGCGAACAUGAUGACAUAACGAUAUUAUUCGAGGAUAGUUUUGAAAGAGAUAGACUUUGUUCGGUUCUUCCCGCGCCGGUCAAGGGGUCGCGCCUUAGUAGGGGAAAAUGAUGGAGUUGGGCACGAUGAUUGAACGAGAACAUGAUUCAUGCAGAUGGU